AUGCAGGCAGCAAUGGGUACCAUGGAUUACAUCAUUGACACAGUGUCUGCAGUUCAUGCGCUGGCUCCGUUAAUUGGUCUACUGAAGCUGAAUGGGAAGCUGGUCACGGUGGGUUUGCCUGAGAAGCCCCUGGAGUUGCCAAUCUUUCCCUUAGUUUUGGGGCGGAAGCUUGUAGGGGGAAGUGACAUAGGAGGGGUGAAAGAGACGCAGGAGAUGCUUGACUUUUGUGCCAAGCACAAUAUUACCUCAGAGAUCGAGUUGAUUCGAAUGGAUUACAUUAACACCGCGAUGGAACGAAUUGCCAAAUCUGAUGUCCGGUAUCGGUUUGUGAUCGAUGUGGGGAACUCCUUGACUCAGUAGAUUGGCUGUGAUGGCUUUACUGGUAGCUUCACAUGCUUUCAGACUCUCAUUAAAAUAAGUAAUGGUUAAUUACUGUAUUGGUGAUAAAUUGAUCUUCCACCUUAGGGUUUAGGGAGGUUACGUAAGAAACUAUUUUUGUGCUGGACACUUUAUGGUUGAACCCGUCUAGUUAAAUUGGUCUUCCACCUUUUCGGUUGACGUUUAUGA